GAUUUUUACGUAUGUACCACAAAAUCAUGAUGGCACUAUUCUGUUUGUGGUUAUUUAAUCAACGGUAAAAUAUGUGAAAAAAAAAAGAUUGAUACAUAAAUAAUCUUUUUAACGACUUAGCAUUGAAAAAUUCACUUAUUGAAUUUAACAAAAUUUAAUUAGCGUGAUCAGAGAUAACUUACAAUUCGUAGAUAUUUAAUGCUAAACUACUUUCGUAAUAGUGACAUAAGUUCUAUCGAUGAUUAAGAUAAGGUAGAUAUAAAAUUCUUUCUUAGAGAGGUAGAUAUUCAAUAUGAAGUAAUUAUAAAAAUAUAAAAACCAAUGAAUUGUAAAUCAUAAAAGCAAUCAUAAAAUUCGUGAGAAAAGCAGCAAAGUGGUGUUGGCCUAUCGGGGGGUCAAGGUGCUCUCCGACUUGGUCUUGUGACGUGUGUGUCGCUAAGGGCUGUCAGAAGUCAAAGGAAAUAAUAAAAACAAUAUUUAACUUGGUUGCAGUUGUCUCGUAUCCGUUGAGUAACGGCGUGUGUAUUCUAUUUUUGUUUUAACCUCGAUGCGUCGUUUUAUUAGUCGUCAAGGUGGAGGACGACCACGAAAAAGUAACGUCACCUGGAAGUAGCAACAACGUCAACGCCGUUAGUUUAGACGGCGAUAUUAAUUACAACGACUGCAGCAACGAUCGUGAAAUAAAUAUUAACGCAUUAUACUCAAACUAUUACAUUAACAUCACUAAGAGGACACAUCUUUUCUGGAUCCAAAUUUUAAAGUGGGCCAAGGAGGUGCAGGAAGCACCACCCGAGAACCACACGGAAUUAUAACAAAAAAGAUGGCCUUCAACGAGAAGGUUGAUCCCGAGCUAAUAUUUACAAAACAGGAAAGGAUAGGAAAAGGCAGUUUUGGAGAAGUAUUCAAAGGAAUUGACAAUAGAACUCAGCAAAUCGUGGCUAUAAAGAUAAUUGAUUUAGAAGAAGCUGAAGAUGAAAUCGAAGAUAUACAACAGGAGAUUAUGGUGCUGUCGCAAUGCGACAGCCCUUACGUCACUAAAUAUUAUGGAUCUUAUCUUAAGGGUACUAAGCUUUGGAUUAUUAUGGAGUACUUGGGUGGCGGUUCAGCUUUAGAUCUCAUGAAGGCUGGAAGUUUUGAAGAAAUGCAUAUCGCUGUGAUCUUACGUGAAGUACUUAAAGGUCUUGACUAUCUUCACAGUGAACGUAAAUUACAUCGUGAUAUUAAAGCAGCCAAUGUUUUACUGAGCGAAAUGGGAGACGUUAAAUUAGCUGAUUUUGGUGUUGCUGGACAAUUGACCAAUACGACAAGUAAGAGAAAUACAUUUGUUGGGACGCCUUUUUGGAUGGCGCCGGAAGUCAUUAAACAGUCGGCCUACGAUUCUAAGGCAGAUAUUUGGUCAUUAGGAAUCACAGCCAUUGAAUUAGCAAAAGGUGAACCACCGAACAGUGAACUUCAUCCAAUGCGAGUGCUCUUUUUAAUUCCCAAAAACAAUCCACCUCAAUUGACUGGUAAUUAUACGAAACAGUUUAAAGAAUUCGUGGAAGCAUGUUUAAAUAAAGAUCCAGAAAAUAGACCUACAGCAAAGGAGUUAUUGAAAUUUCAAUUUAUUCGUAAAGCGAAAAAAAAUUCCUAUCUGAUCGAUCUUAUAGAUAGAUAUAAAAAAUGGAAAUCACAACGUAGUGAAGAAUCUGAAACAGAAAGUGAAAAUUCAGAUUCUGAAGAAUCUAAGCAAGAUAGUGAUAUGGACGAACCAUGGAUAAUGACUGUUAAGGGGCCGCAUGGAGCAAAAACUUCUGUAAUGUCGACUUUUGAAGAUCAAUUGUCCUUAUUAAGUCAUACUCCCAAUCAUAGAUCAGUAGGCCAUAGUCAACAGCAAGUUAAAGCCCACGCAAAUGGUAGUGCAAGAUCACCACCAAAAGAUUCGCCAAUAAACAAUUAUCGUAAUGAAUCACGUGAUUUAUUACGUGAUGUACAAAUGAAACAUAAUACACCGUCUCGACCUCAUGAAGCAGCACCACCACCCCCAGUAGACCUUCGAGAAAAUAAAGACAGUCGAGAAUCUCGUGAUUCACGAGAGCUUAAAGAAAUUCGUGAUGUAAGAGAUAGGGAAAAUAAUUCUCGUGAAAAAAGAAAUAGCAAAUCUGAUGUAUCUACUACACCUAUGACUGAUCAUAAAUCAAAUGAGGACAAACUACGUCCAAGAAGCUCGCAAGAACCUAAACAUUCACGCAGCGCAACGCUUACUACUGUUAUUUUUCCAAUACUAUCAGAGCUUCAAGGCAAGUAUCAAUUUUCAUCAAGGGACAAUAAAAGCGAUAAUGCUGUAACUAGAAAUGGUGGAUCAAUCGAUGAGCUGAGAAGUGCCUUUGAACUGGCGGAACGUACCUCGCCAGGCAUUAAUGAAAUUUUCGUUAAAGAAAUAUUUAAGGCCUUACUUCCAGCAAACCAUUCAGAUAGCAGACUUUCAAUGAUAAUGGAGAAAAUUGCAAUACGGGAUACGUAGGAGCGACAGUUGGCGAAGAAACGCAAGAAACUAAAAUUUGAAAUUAUACUAUCUUUAUAAAAUAGAGACAAUUUCUGUAUAUAAUUAGGCAAUGCUCAAAGGUGAAAUAAGUUAUUCAUCGAAAGUGCACCGUAUGGUUGGAGAAAAUUUUAAAAAAUAAAACGAACAACAAUAAUCGUGCCAACGGUCUACCCAAAUUUAUGCCUACAUCAAUUCAUUAUGUUUCAGUGAAUUUAUUCGUUGGCUAUCUGAGGAAGGAAAAAAAUUACAAAAAAGACCUGGAAUUAUUAUUUUUAUUAUUAUAAUUUUUAUUUUUAUGCGCGCUUAAAAUUUGUUAUUUGUGCGCGAUAAUCGUUUGAUUUUUAUUAUAACUUCACAAUUGAUGUUAAAACACAAGCGAUUACGGCCAAGAGAAUAUGAGGCACCAGUAUUAGGUUUGCUGGAAGCCAUGUAAAUAUGUAUGUAGCUUGAUAAGAUAUACUUAUUGUUAUGAUCGAUGAUUAAUUUUUACAUAAGUAUUAACAAGCAUCAGAUUUUAUUAACCAACAAAAAAAAGAAAAAAUAUGAAAUAGGAAGCAUUUUUGACUUCGAAUGUAAGAAAUAAAAUUUACCUUGAUUUAAA